GAUGUAAAUUCGAAUGUGGGAUUAAAAAUGGACGUUUUAGAUUAAAAUUUUUUUUGACGUUUAGUGGCGGCAUCUACUCUUAUUUUAUUUUUCAGUCCAUCACGUUGGAUUGAACAGAUGUAUGAUUUGGGCAGGCGCUUUUCGUAUUGUCGAUAUGUCUAAAUGUACUACUAUGUUUAUUAUUUAACAUCUAAAACCAAACAUUGUUUGGUUAUAAACAAAAUAAAGUGUCGAAAUCAAUGUUUUUUAAUAUCAUAAUCUUAACUUUUCCGGUUUAAAUGUAUGUGAAGUGAGUUUAUGAAUGAAAAUAAAUUUGUUUAUUCACUUAAAAAAAUAAGAUCAUCCAUUCUUCUCGUUUGUGUGUUAAAUUUGUGUGAUAUCGGUUGCCGGCGCUCGCAUCGUCGCAAAGUAGAGGGGUAGUCAGCUGGCACGGCCGUCGCGACGUCGUAUCUCCAACAGUCGACGUCAAGUCGUAUAAGCGUCGUUUUGAUUUCGAACGCGUAAUCACGUGAUAUACAUAUAUUUUUUAAAUAACUAAAAGUAAUCGCAUUUUUUUUUUUAUGUAUAUGUGAUCUGUGACUGUGUUUUUUAAUAGUGUUUUAUAGUGAUGCAAACUACUUAGUUAUUUGUAUAAAGUGAUUUAUGACAUGUUAUACCGAUCUCGACAAUUUCCAUUAUCGCGAAAAGGUCGGAAAACGAUGGGCCCUUUGUUUAUUUUCGUCACAUUCGGUUUAAACGUUUGUAUGGCGGCUUGGCAGGAAAAUGUAAGGCCCAAGAUGUAUGUGCAAUUAGGGGCCGAAGAUGACGUGCAUCGUUUCAGAGGCAACGAUACCCACACCGAUUACUUCCGGUUAAUUAUGAGAGACGGCGAUUCGUUGUUGGUCGGUGGAAGAAACGUCGUCUAUAAUUUAACUUUGGCGGAACUUACCGAACAACAAAGGCUACUUUGGUUUUCCAACGAACACGAUGCCAAAAUGUGUGUAGUUAAGGGCAAAGACGAGGAAAACUGUCAAAAUUAUAUCAGGAUUAUGGCCAAAACCGACACGGGGAAACUUUUACUUUGCGGCACCAACGCUUUCAAACCGAUCUGCAGGGAAUACAAUAUUUUAACGAAAAAUUACACCGUCUCCAAAGAGAAACCAGGCCAAGCCGUGUGCCCUUACGACCCCCAUCAUAAUUCCACGGCUAUCUACGUCGAUAGAGACCUGUAUACGGGAACCGUGGCCGAUUUCAGUGGCAUGGACCCCAUCAUCUACAGGGAGCCAUUGCAAACCGAACAAUACGAUUCGAUGAGUCUCAACGCUCCCGAUUUCGUUGGAUCCAUGACUCAAGGGGACUUCGUUUACUUCUUUUUCAGAGAAACUGCAGUCGAAUACAUCAAUUGCGGAAAGACCGUCUAUUCACGUGUGGCGAGAGUGUGCAAGAAUGACCGUGGAGGGCCUCAUCGUUUUCGUAAUCGUUGGACUUCUUUUUUAAAAUCACGCUUGAAUUGUUCGGUAACGGGGGAAUUUCCAUUCAGCUUCAACGAAAUACAAUCAACAACGGAUCUAAUAGACGGUAAAUAUGGAGAUAUACAAGCCCAACUCGUAUAUGGUACUUUCACGACUCCUCCUAAUAGUAUAUCCGGUAGCGCCGUUUGCGCUUUCAGCCUCCAAGAUAUUACAGAUACUUUCGAAGGUAACUUUAAAGAACAAGCCGCCAUCAACUCCAAUUGGUUACCUGUAUUAAGUAAUAAAGUACCGGAUCCUCGACCUGGACAAUGCCACAACGAUAGUAGGACUCUACCAGAUCUGACACUCAAUUUUAUCAAAACGCAUUCGUUGAUGGACGAAAGCGUACCUAGUUUCUUUGGACAACCGAUUCUGAUUAGAACAAGCUUCCAUUACAGAUUCACGCAAAUCGCAGUAGAUCCACAAGUCAAAGUCCCAGGGGGUAAAACUUACGAUGUACUUUUCAUCGGAACAGAUAACGGAAAAGUUAUAAAAUCGAUAAACGGUUUAUCCGCCGAUUCGAGACACGGCGUUCGAACUGUGGUUAUAGAAGAAAUUCAAGUUUUUCCAAUCCACGCACCGGUACGAAGUAUAAAAAUAAUGAAAAACGUUAAAAAUGGUAAAGAAGAAACACGACUGGUGGUCGUGUCUGAUACGGAAGUUCAAUCUUUGAGGGUACACCGAUGCGACAGCUCUAAAAUCUCCAGUUGUAGUGAAUGUGUGGCUCUGCAAGAUCCUUAUUGCGCUUGGGACAAAGUACAAGGAAAAUGCCGAUCCAAAGGUUCCGGUAGAUGGGGGGAAGAAAGUUAUUUUUUCCAAAGCGUUAGUACAGGAGAACACGCCGCUUGUCCCCCUUUAAAACUGGGAAAAGACGCGGGAUCGGUGGGGGGAUUGAGCUCGUCCCAACCCAAAUACAAUUCCGAUCACCAACCGAGUAACGAUAAACCCGAUGGACAAGUCAUUAACAUUAUUCAAGAUAAACCUUUCGAAAGUAGCGGUCCGGCAGUAACCGCCACUGACGCUCAUCCGAAUCAGUACCCCGUAGAAACGCUCAUAAUGGCCGUUGUGGCAGGUUCCGUAUCCGCCCUUGUCGUCGGAUUCUUCGCGGGUUAUUUAUGCGGUCGUAAAUGCCACAAGGACGAAGACGACAACCUCCCCUACCCCGAUACCGAAUACGAAUACUUCGAACAAAGACAAAAUAUGAACAGUAGAAUCGCAGCCGAGCCGAAAUUACUUCCGCAAGAAGAAGUGACGUACGCGGAGCCGGUGCUGGUUCCGCAGCCGCCUCCGAAGCUUCAUUCGCCUAAAAAUACGCUGCGUAAAGGGCCGCAUCAAAAUAACGCGGAGACGCUCUUCCAAUUCCAAACUGACGGCGGCUACAAUGGUCGAGAUAAUUAUAGAGGUCGUGAUAACUUCGGGACGUUAAGGUCCCAUCAGUUGUUACAGGGUGAUAAUUAUCGGCGAGGCGACGGCUUCGGAACAACGCGAAGCGUCAAGAAAGUAUACCUCUGAGAAAACAGCGAGGAGGGGCGAAGUUUGGGUCGCGUUCCCCGACCCUCCCAACAGCAGAGAUCCGGUCACAGCGCCCUGCCGACCAGCAGCGGAUCCUCUAGCUCUCCCUCGCCACCCUCCUCGUCACCGUCGCCGACGCCACCCAAUACUGCCUCCUACAUCUACAGGGCGUAGCUGUUCACCUAAAAGGCGCGAUCUAUCGACGGAACCUAACUUCUGAGAUAUAGAGAGAAGGCGUUGCCGCAGUACUCGAUUAACUUGGUCCGAAAAUCGCUGCUCUGUUUGUAUAACGGUAGAAUUUCGGCGUAUAAUGACGAUUUUUAAUGAUGAUGUUUGACUGGCCUUCUUUAAAGUCAUAGGUUCGUAGGGAAAUUAUUUUAAUCAAUAUCGGAAUGAGAGUUUUACGAAUAAAAAUUGAUAUCAUCGAGUAAAAAUUUUUUAAAAAUUAAUGAAACACCCUAUAUAUUAUAAUAUUUUUCCGAUAUAUAGCUUUGCUACGUUAUAUAAAGUCUAGUACAAGCUAUUGCAAAUUUAAUUGUAAAACAGUAACAUAUUUGUUACCCUGUAUAUAUAUAAAUAUUCCAAAUCGCCCCUGUAUAUGGGGAAUUAAAUUUUUAUAACAAAAAAAAUUAUUUGAUUUUAAGUUGGCCAUCCUGUAUAUUUCUGAAUGGUCAGAUCACACAAUACAAUUUUUGACAUUUAAUGAACCGUUACGUCAAUUAUAAAUAAAAAAAAUCCCAAUCAUUGUUUCAAUAGAAUAUAAAAAGAGUUUUUGUUAGAAUUAACCAAAAAAAAACUUAAUUA